AAUAGAUGAAUAGAUAAUUUUUUUUAAAAAAAAAGGAAAAUUCUGGCACUUGGUAAAAAAUGGUUGAUUGAGCAACUUUUAUGUUAUGUUUAAGUGUAAUUGCUGCGAUGUAUUUGUCUCUCUCAAUUUGAAAACAGUACUUAGUCAUGUUUAUCAAGUUCAUAGCUUGAGUUUGGAUUUUAAAUGUGAAUGUAUUGUUGAUGGAUAUAGAGAUACACCAGAAUGUUAUAAUGUAGUUGAUAUUGAAUAUGAGGAAGAAAUAUUAGACAAUGAUGUGGUGGAGGAAACACCGGAUCCUGUAUUAGGUGUUGAAUUUGAUACGGAAAUAAUAGAAAGUCAUGUAGUGGAGUAUAUUGAUACAUCUAAUGAUAUUUAUACAUCUUUGAUCUGCAAAAGAGUUGCAGCAUCUUUUAUUCUGACUGUUAAGGAAGAAAAUAAGUUAACUCAGGUUGCAGUAGAUUCAAUUAUAGAGAGCACAAAAUACUUUAUCAACAGAACUUUAUCACAUGUGCAAAAAAAUUUAACCAGCAAAAUUUUAAGAUGUGGAUCUAAUCACCAGACAACAAUUGAUCAAUGUUUUGAAAACAUUAGUACACCAUUUGAAGGACUUGAGACAGCAGCACUCCAACAAGCAUACAUUAAGAAUAAUUUUUCUUAUGUUCAAUUAAAAGAAAUCGCUCUAGGAACAGUUUUGAUGCGCAAAAAGAUUGAUGGAAAAAGUAAAUUGUUUGAAAAUAAGGAAUGUUUUAUAUACAUUCCUAUAUUGGAAAGCUUAAAGCAACUUAUAAGCAAUAAAAUAUCAUGACGAAGUGGAGAUUU